AUGAGUGACCAGGGCACAUCUGGAGCGAAAGAGAUAUCUAUUCAAGACGAGCCAAAGGAUAAAAAGAAUUCUCGUAAGAAAGGUCGAAGCUUAAAUCCUGCAUUCAAAUCUUGAAGAAGACAUAUGAAUAAAUCUGGAAUAAAUAUGACAUAUUUUCCAGCACUUAAAUUGAGCUCACAGUCAAAUAAUAUUGGCAUUAGUAUCCAAAGCACUUCAAAGAACAAAUCUUCAAACAAAUUUGGUACAAGAAGUCAUGCAAACAGUCCUGAAAACAUGUCUUUUACUGCUGGAGAGGAAGAGAUUGAUUCUGUUCCAAUAUUACAAAGAAAAAUAAUUCAGAAAAAGAAGCCAAGAAGGUACAAGAGUAAGAAAUAAUUCUCCUUUAAGACAAUCAUCUCUUCUCCCGCCGAUACCAGCAGACGUUGUUCCUAAACUUGGUGAGCUAAACUACUUUUCUAAACUGAAUAAAUAAGGAAUAUGAACAUAAGGUAAAACUUCUCCAAAACAGGAUCCAGAAGUUGAAAUAAGGAAGAAAAGAAGGCAAAUCUUAAAAUAAAGCAGACUUCUGAGCGUGCAGAGCAGUAUAUCAAGACCAGGAAUAAGUAUUAUGAGGAACAGAAGAGAAUUAUCAGUCAUCGCUUACAAGUACAGAAACACACAGAAUCAAAACGUAAAGAGAUCAUCAGGAACAAAGAGAGUAGGAAGAAAAAUAUGCAAGAAUUGAAGCAAAAACUUCUUGAAGAGUCAAAGAAGAGGAGAAUUCAGCAGAAAUAAAGAAAGGAAUAAAGCCUUAAAAGCAAAAUGAAUAGAACUUGAAAAGGAGCAUCUUCAAAGGAAGAUCGCUAAUGCAAAGUUAGUUAAGGAGGAAGAGCAAAAGGUACUCCAGAUAAAGUUGCAGCAUGAGAAUGAGAAUCACCUUUCGCUUCAGAAUAAUUAUUACAAAAGGUACAUCAAAGAUGAGGAGCAUACAGAAAGGAACAAGCAGAUGAUCCAUAAACUAGAGCAAACAGAGAGUAAGAUAUUAGAAAAGCUACAGUCAACAAUGGAGAAGCAGGUGACCAUGCAUAAGACCCUGGAAGAACUAGUUAAAACCGGUAAUUCAGAGGGUAAUAUCAGUCCUAAUGUUCAAUAAGC